CAAUUGACUCAAUCUAAGUCAUAUGUUAGACCAUUUGGUGGCGCACUAUUUCCAUGCUCUGCUAUUCUUCUUCUCUCUUACCCCAACAUUGCAGAGAACAGAGCCAUGGAUUCCGAUGAUCAAUCGCCACAAAUCAAAGGUGUUGUUAUAAUCUCCCUUCCACCACCAGAUAACCCUUCUUUGGGUAAAACCAUCACUGCUUUUACUUACACUGAACCUCAAUCGCAAUCUCCUUCUCUUCAAUCUCAACCCCAACACCAAAAUUUUCACAACAAUUCUCAAUCUAGUAGUGAUCAUGAUAACAAUAAUGAAUUUCAUUCUAACCCAUCAUCAAGUCCGGAGCUUCAAUUCUCUUUCAGGAAGCUCUUCUUUGGAACCCCAACAAAGAUCUUCACUUUCUUUAGUGUCCUGCUAUUUGCUCUUUUUCUGUAUGGUUCCUUCUCUUCUAAUACACUUCAGGAACUGAGUGGUCUUAGGAACAACGACGAUCAUGAUGAUGGCCCAAACUCUUUUCUAUUCCCUUUGUUUCCUAAAAUUGGGGUUCAUGGUCAGAAGGAUUUGAGACUCAAAGUGAGGAAUUUUGUUGACACGCAAAAAGAGAAUUUUGUUGUGACUCAAAGAAAAGCCGAUGUAUUUCCUAAAGUUGCAGAUUCUUCUUCUGUUUUUCCAAUCAGUGGCAACAUUUUUCCAGAUGGGUUAUAUUACACAUAUCUACAAGUAGGAAAUCCUCCAAAACGUUAUUUUCUUGAUGUCGAUACAGGAAGUGACUUAACUUGGAUACAGUGUGAUGCUCCAUGCAGAAGUUGUGCAAAGGGAGCACAUGUACCGUACAAGCCGGUAAGAUCCAACAUAGUUCCAUCUGUGGACUCUAUCUGCUUUGAAGUACAGAAAAAUCAGAGGAAUGAAUAUCAAGGAAGUCUUCAGCAGCAGUGUGAUUAUGAGAUCCAAUAUGCAGAUCAUAGUUCCUCCUUGGGGGUUCUCAUUAGAGACGAUGUUCAUCUUUUGACUACUAAUGGAUCGAAAGCUAAGUUAAAUUUCGUUUUUGGGUGUGGAUAUGAUCAAGAUGGCUCACUUCUGAAUACGUUGGCAAAAACAGAUGGAAUCAUGGGACUUAGCAGGGCGAAAGUGAGCCUGCCGUUCCAGUUGGCGAGUAAAGGGCUUAUUAAGAAUGUGGUUGGUCAUUGCCUAAGCAAGGAUGGAGUUGGUGGUGGAUACAUGUUCUUAGGUGAUGAUUUUGUGCCAUAUUGGGGUAUGACUUGGGCUCCUAUGGCCAAUACAGAUUUAUACCAAGCUGAGAUUCUUGGGAUGAAUUACGGGUAUAGGCCCCUCAGUUUUGAUGGCAACAGCAAAGUAGGAAAGGUGAUUUUUGACAGUGGCAGUUCUUAUACGUAUUUUCCAAAAGUUGCAUACUUGGAUCUUGUUGCUUCUCUCGAAGAAGUUUCUGGAUUGGGACUCGUUCAAGACGAGUCAGAUACGACCUUGCCUAUUUGCUGGCAAGCUAAUUUCCCGAUAAGAUCUGUCAAAGAUGUCAAGAAUGUAUUCGAUACCUUGAGUCUUCGAUUUGGAAGCAAGUGGUGGAUUUUGUCGACGGUGUUUCAGAUUCCUCCGGAGGGUUACUUGAUUAUUAGUAAAAAAGGCAAUGUAUGCUUGGCUAUCCUUGAUGGUAGCAAUGUACAUGAUGGAUCCACCAUUAUAAUUGGAGACAUUUCAUUAAGAGGAUAUAUGCUUGUGUAUGACAAUGUGAAUAAAAAAAUUGGUUGGGAGAGAGCAGAAUGUGGCAUGCCAAGAAGAAUCAGAAAGAAUCAGAAUCUCUUGACUGAUAGCAUGCUAUAGUUCUUGCGGAUUUCUUUUUUUGAUCUCUUACAUGGCAGUUUAUGUACAGAAGAAAAAAAAAAUGGUUACAAUAUUUGUUUAUAUAGAGGUUUAAAUUUUAUUUUGUGCA